ACACUGUGAUCUUCCUUCCAAGAGUCAGAGCGGGGCCCCUUAGUGUAACCUGAGGAACUUCUUGGCUUGCUCAUCCUGUCUGUCUCCUCAGCUUUUUUGUUUUCUUUCUUUCUCUUCAGUUUCAGGAGUGUUGCCCUGAGACCGCCUUUUGUCAUACUUUAGGCAUCAACAGCAAGAAGGGGAGCAACUUAUCUGAGAAGGCAAUAUGGACAGAGAAUACACACGCAACGGGGAGACCAUCGCCCUCAAUAAACCCAAUGACAUAGAGGUGAUGACAUCGCCGUCAGGCAAAGUGUAUCGGCCCAUCAACAUGAACCACUACGCCACCAAGAAAAGUGCAGCUCAGAGCAUGCUGGACGUGGCCUUAUUGAUGGCCAACUCGUCCCAGCUUAAGACAGUUCUCUACGUGGGGCCUCAGUACCGUUUCUACAUCCCCCUUAUCAUCUUACUGUGUCUGUCCAUCACGCUGCAAGUCAUCGUGGGCCUUCUGCUCGUUUUUAUAGUGAAGUACGAUCUGAACGACGUGCGUAAACAUGCCAAGUUGAACAGGAUGAAUAAUGUGGCAACUGUUUUGGUCUUCUUCACGGUCCUCAUCAACAUCUUUAUCACAGCGCUGGGCUUUGAGGGACACGCUCUCAGGCCAUCACAUCAUAGCAUGAUGGUUGAAGCAGCACCUCAGAAGUCCCUUCAACCAUCUGAACGCAACACGACUGGCCUUUGAACCAGCACUUUUAAUCUGUGAUCGAAUGCAAAGUUUGCACGUUACACAUCACGUGACAGUUUUUCAAUUUGUACAUAGAGCUUUGGUUUGCCACUCCAAAUGUUGCAUAAUUCAUGAUUUUCUAUCAACAUACUGCCUCUAUGCGUGUGUUACUAUGAAAUGACCAUAUAUUUGUCUUAUACUGA